CGGGUUCAUUAUUUUUAUCAUUAGCACUCAGAAGUGUUUGUCUCUGACGGCUGCUCCUCCUCCUCCUCAGCUGUGAUGUCUGCGCAGGAGUGAUGGUUUAGCGCAGCGGUCAGCCGCGGCGGAGCGUGGGAUGUUACGCUGGACGGUGCACCUGGAGGGCGGCCCGCGGAGGGUCAACCACGCGGCUGUGGCGGUCGGACACAAGGUCUACUCCUUCGGAGGAUACUGCUCCGGAGAAGACUAUGAGACCUUGAGACAGAUUGACGUGCACGUCUUCAACACGGUGUCUCUGCGCUGGACGAAACUGCCGCCGGUGCGCACCGGAGGACGGGAGCACGCUCGGGAAGUGCCCUACAUGCGCUACGGACACACGGCGGUGCUGGUGGAGGAGACGGUGUUGAUCUGGGGCGGCCGGAACGACACAGAGGGCGCGUGCAACGUGCUGUACGCCUUCGACGUCUCUCAGCACCGCUGGUUCACUCCCAAGAUCUCCGGGACGGUCCCAGGUGCCAGAGACGGACACUCAGCCUGUGUUCUGGGAAAGGCGAUGUACAUCUUCGGUGGAUACGAGCAGCUGGCCGACUGUUUCUCCAAUGAGAUUCACAAGCUGGACACCAGCAGCAUGUGUUGGUCACUAGUGAGCGCCCGGGGCACUCCGGCUCGAUGGAGAGACUUCCACUCUGCUACCAUCAUCGGCACCAAGAUGUUCGUGUUUGGAGGAAGAGCGGAUCGAUUCGGUCCUUUCCACUCCAACAACGAGAUCUACUGCAAUAAAAUCAAGAUCUUCGACACGGAGACAAACUGCUGGCUAAACACGGCCUCUGAUGUCUGUGUUCACACACGUCUGUUCUUGUGUUCAGAGGCGUUCUCCUGGAAGAAGGUGGAGCCCAAGGGCAAAGGCCCGUGUCCCAGACGGAGACAGUGCUGCUGUAUGGUGGGAGAUCGCAUCAUCCUCUUCGGAGGAACCAGUCCGUGUCCGGAGCAGGGGAUGGGCGAUGAGUUUAACCUCAUGGACCAUUCGGACCUGUACCUCCUGGACUUCAGUCCUAAUCUGAAGACAUUAUGCAAGCUAGCAGUUAUUCAGUACAGUCUGGAGCAGUCGGGACUCCCUCAUGACAUCAGGUGGGAGCUGAACGCUAUGACCACUAACAGUAACAUCAGCCGGCCCAUAUUCUCCUCUCACGGCUGACAGCAGAACCCUCUCCAGACUCCCGCUCCACAGAUGAUUGACUUUGACCCGUUUGGAUCUGGGUUGCCGUUCCCUGCCGGGUUUCGCUGCUGUUGAACUUGAUUCCUGCUGAGGAGAAACGGACCGUCACACUCUUAAAUCAGUUCAAUUAUUCAUCAGUGUUACGUGUUUUAAUGAGGCUUUGGAGUGAAAUGAAGAUCAUUUAGCCUGUAAUCUGUCAUUUCUCUGCUUGUGUUCAGAUCGCUCCGUCGGGUUUAAAUGCAAGACUUUAAUUACGGUUCCACACGUGCUCUUACACAUCGACCGCAGAGAUGAUCUUCAGAGAAGACUGGACUGGUUUUCUGUUUACCCACAGUGCUUCUGACAAUAAAACCUGACUCAACAAUCAAUAGAAACGGAAAUAUCCUUCUGCAUGCAUGCGUUCUGUCUUAGAUCUCAAAGAGUGGGAAAAAGCAAAUGAUGUUGUAAAGUUUUCAGAAAAGGUUAGAAUGUUUUCUCAUAGAAAGAUCAACACCGAUCAAAUAAACCUCGUCUGGUGUUUCUGGGCUCAGUCUCUUGUCCAGUUUCUCCAGAUUCACAUCUUUCACAGUCUGGCUUUUCAGAGACGUGCUGUUGCUUAACACCGCUUUAUAUUUGAUCUGAAUCUGUACUGUUCUGCAGAAUAUUGAUGUUGAGAGGUUAUUGAUUCUGAUGGUUCCUCUGGAUCAGUCUUCACCUGGCUUUUAUCUGCGUCUCGUCCGCUGCCUGAUCAACUUCUCCAGAACUUCAGAAGGUCUGGAAUCAAAGUCUUCUGGUCUGGAUGGAUUUGAAGCAUUUUAUUCGAGAUUUUAUUCAUUGUGUCUGAAUAUCUGACAUUACACGGUCAUAAUGAAUAUUGUGCAAACGGAGCGCGUCAGAAAAUUCAACCGUCCUCAAUCGUUUCCCUCAUAAAUAAUGAUUCGAUGAAAGUGACUCAAAACUGUCUCAAAAUGAAACCGGAUGCAGCUGAAGUGCAUUUUCUUAAUGAUCUGUAGCUUGAAAUAGAAAUGUUGAAAUAGAGUAAUUUAAUCCCUCAGACAUUCCAUGAUGCUUUCAUGGGCUAGCAGACACAUGCUAUGAUAGACAUGUUUUAUAUGUAGUGAACGAGAGGACACACUACUCUUUAGGUUGUGAUUGAUCAGUUACUUCUCGAGUGUAAAUGCUGGGGUUCAGAGUGUUUUUUGAUCAUGUUCUGCUCUCGAUGUGUGAAGGAACGUUUGGAGACGUCACUGAGCCUCGAGCGGGAUUCCUGGCUGGUGGAUGAGUCCGUUUCCACGAGUUAUGUUAUAAACGGGUUUUUAGUGGGAUCUUGGAUUUCCUAAACAAUAAAACUGAUGUUAAUUUUGCUUAUUUUCUGCUUAAAUGUGCAGUGUGAAGUGUUGGAACGUGUGUGUGAUAUAAAGAGCACAUUGAGAAUUGUUUUCCUGUAACGCCACGAAUUUAAACACAAUUUUGAGAAGACGUCA